AUUCAUUGAUCGCUACUUGCUUCAAUUUGAACGUAUGUUCGUGUUCGCGACGUCGUUUUCCUCUCCGUUUAUCGAACAAUGUACGGGAUAUGACAAACAAAAAUACAACAAUAGAUUUCUUCGAUUAUCUUUGGAUGAGCGCAUACAACCGUCUAUUCUCAUAUUUAGAAGAUAACUGUUUUACUCGAAGUGGCGUCUUUUCAAUUAUUUACAACUAGAGGAUAGGAUAAUUAUACAGAUAGAGAAAAGACGCAUAUAGUUGCGUGACUAUUAAGAAAGGAGAAGAGGAGAAACGAAAGAUAUUAUUAGAUGCCUGCUUGCCUCGAUAAAACCUGCAGACUGGAGAAAUUGGAUGUCUGCGAAUUAGCUGGACGCAAAAAGCGUCGAAAACGGAAACGCUGUCGACAUUGUGGAGUCAAUUGGAAAAGUGAGUUGACAUCGUUCGCCUUUUGGAAAGCUGUCAGGUGUGAAUUUCUAGCCACCCUCUUUUAUGUGCUAAUAGGUUGUGGGGCAUCAUUAAUUUGGUCAAGGGAGACACCAACGUCGCAACUUCAAAUGUCCAUAGCCUUCGGUUUGUCAGCAACUGGAAUGCUACAGUGCGUAGGUCAUGUUAGCGGAGCUCAUAUGAAUCCAGCUAUUACAGUAUCGAUGUUGGUUACAAGAAACAUCACAAUUCUUAGAUCGUUCGUCUAUGCUCUCUCUCAAUGUAUAGGCGCUAUUGCCGGUGCCGGAAUUCUCUACGGAAUAACGCCGUCCAGAGUUCGCUCUAUUCAACCUAUAGGCGUGACCAGGGUCCAAGAAGAAGUUAGUCUUGGCCAAGCCUUUGGAGUUGAAUUUUUAGCUACCUUUCUUCUAGUUUUAACAGUCUUCUCGAGAACUCAAAAACCCAUGAGCAUAGGCUUAGGAGUGAGUUUAUCGCAUCUUUUCGCCUACAAUUACACCGGAGCCGGUAUGAAUCCUGCCAGAUCAUUAGGACCAGCAUUAAUAAACAAUUCCUGGACAGAUCAUUGGGUUUAUUGGGUAGGACCUCUCUUGGGCGGCAUAAUUGGAGCCUUUACGUAUGAAUAUACACAUGAUGCUAAUGAUAAUGACAUAAAGAGAACACUGAAAAAGAAAAGACUGGACGACAUCGAAAGAACAGCAAACAUACAAAGUUGUACAUCUGCUUCUACGGAAAUUGCUUUUACACCGACGCCUACAUCGGAAGACUUGAAAUUAUAA